CGCAAAACGCUCAGAGAGGUCUUGGCGUCCGCAGCUGCGACUCAGCCGCGUUGGUCAUUUAAGUAAAACAUUUAGUCUCGCAAACGCAGCUGCCAUCAACUGUGUUAGAUUUUUUAAGGAUACAAGGUGUUCUUUAAUCAGAACGAUAUACUGUACAGAAAUGCGAUUUCCCGAAUCGUACUGAAGCAUCAAAAAGUUAGCAAAUACCCAACUUUCGGAACAGAACUGACGUUACUGCCUUCAAGCGAAGUGAAUUUUGCUCAGUAUAACUCCGCAAUUAUUUUGCAUAGUUAAAGGACAGAAAACGAGUAUGUCCGGGGAUCUGGACGAAGACAGCCUGCAGGAGCUGUACGCCUGGGUGGACAGGGCGCCCCUCUCCAGACCCAAGAGGAACAUCACCCGCGACUUCAGCGACGGAGUCCUGACAGCAGAGAUUGUUAAAUUUCAUUUUCCUAAGCUGGUGGAAAUGCACAACUAUGUCCCAGCCAGUUCAACCCAACAGAAAGUGAAUAACUGGAGCCAUCUGAAUAGGAAGGUGUUUAACCGGCUGAAUUUCAGCGUGCCGGAGGAGCUGGUGCGCAAGGUUGCUCAGUGCACGCCUGGGAUGGUGGAGCUGGUGUUGCACUCGCUGAGACAGAAGAUAGAGGAGAAGCAGAAACAGGGAGCGAGCAAGCCUUCCCCGCAGGAGCCACAGUAUUACAGUAUGGAGAGCAGCACAGCUGGCCAGCUCUCCCCUCACAGCCCCCGGCUCAAGCUCAGUGGAGACGGCUCUCCAGCACAGCAGAGAGCUGGAAGAGUGCCUGCAGGGUGUGCACAGCCUGCUGCGGGCCCGGACCCGGCCACACGCCUGCUGCUGGAGGAGAGGGAGCAGGCGCUGCUGUCUGCGCAGGAGACCAUCCAGCUCCUGCAGGCCAAGGUCCAUCGCCUCCAUCACCUGUUGCACCUGAAAGACAUCCGAAUAGAUGAACUGUCAAGGCGUCUCCAGCACCCCCAGAAGACACAGUAGCCACCCGAGUUCACGCACAGUCCAGAGCGCAGGCAGUAAUUAAACAGGAAUUAUUAUAUCACUUCAGACUUUAACUCACAUUCCUCAAGUCCAUGUAAAAUAUUUGUUUUUAUUGGAUUAAAUGUCCAGCAUACUUUUA